AUGGGAUUUAGCAGAGUUUAUAAGGGCAUAGAAGAGGGGCAAAUUGUUGUUCGAUCAAUGGAGAAUAUGCAGACCCACAGCAUUAUUGCCCAUGCAGGGGAUUACACUCUGUGGGUUCUUCGUACGAAAGAUGAAUCAGAGGAUUUGGCAAACUCAUUGGUAGGAGGAAGAGGAGACAUUGGUAUUCCUGGUUGUAAAGCUCGCGCUCUUAAACGAUUGGAUGGCCUUGAAGGAUGGGAUAGUGUUCGAGAAGUUAUUGAUGCAACCAGUGAGGACAUUAUAUCAGAAAGAAAGAUCAUGGACAGGUUGCCCCUAGAUAAAUGGAGUGAUGCAGAUGGUCAUGUCCUACUCAUUGGUGAUGCUGCACAUGCUCAGUAUGUUGGGCCAGGACAAGGCGUCAGAACUGCAUUUGAAGAUGCCCAUCAACUCUCCCUCCUUCUUCAACAUGCAAGUCACUCAUCUUUUACAGAGAAAAGCAUUAGAGAUGCUGUCAAAAGGUUUGAAGAGUUAAGAAUUCCUCGGAUGAAAAAGAUGCAGCUGUAUGCAGCCUAUAACACAAGGCUUCCUAAAUUUCAACCUGAGUGGUUCCAGAAUUUGACAGCGGAAGAAAGAAUGAGAGUCUACGAGGAAUACUCGAAAUGGGUUCAUUCAUAUCCCAACAAGCAAGAGUGUGACCCUGACUCCAUCUAUUUCAACCCUGAUUCCACCUAUUUCAAGUGA